AUGGUGGAAGGCCAUGCUGCCUGUCAUCAUGAUCAUGGUAAUCCUGGACUUGAAGAACAUCAUUAUGCUUGUUGUGGAAUUGUGCGGGCCUCCAAGAACCCCAAGAAGUGGGCGAUCCUUUUGGCGGAAGGGGUCGGCUUUGUCUGCGACGUUGCCAUGUGCUUCACUCUGAACCCAGCACCCUUCAUCAUCUCCAUGUGCGUGAAGGGUCUUGCCUUUGCAAUCAGCAUGUUUGAUGGCCCUCCUGGGACACGUAGCAUAACCACGGUCUUCGUCACUGAUCGCUUUGAGCAGCCUCUCCAAGUGGGAGUCUACGACGGCACGGAUGCGGUGACUUGGUGCGCAGAAAAGGUUGUGCUCUUGAACCCUGGCGAGUCCGCAAUUCUUGCGCCUCGAGGGGUCGUCUCACAACAGAGCAGCCUCAAGCAGGUCUUUGUGCGAUAUUGGCUUGAUGGCAAGAUGCUUGGAGAAGAUAUGGUCAAUGUCCACUCUGCUUACGCCAUCAAAGGCAGAACGCCUGUGCUCCAAGCUGUGUGUGGCUAA